AUGGCCAUCAAAGUGGACUACGAUGCGCUCAUCGUGGGCGCAGGCUUUGGCGGCAUCUAUCAGUCCUAUAUGUUGAGCAAUCUUGGCCUUACACUGAAAGUAAUCGACGCAGCUGGUGAUGUCGGGGGCACGUGGUACUGGAAUCGGUACCCAGGUGCCAUGAGCGACACUGAGAGUUACUUAUACAGAUAUACAUGGGACAAAGAUGACUUGCUGAACUAUCCCUGGACACACCACUACGUUAGGCAGCCAGAGAUUCUGAAGUAUCUCAACCACGUCACCGAUCGACAUGACCUACGAAAAUUCAUGCAAUUCGAAACUUCCCUUACAAAAGCAGCUUGGGAUGACACGAGCAAAACCUGGGUGUGUCACCUUCUCAAAAAUGGGCAGACGGAAGCUUCCACCCUCAGAGUGCGAUACCUGGUGACAGCGUUGGGGCUGCUAUCCAAGCAAAAUUUUCCUGCCAUCGAAGGGUUGCAAACUUUCAAGGGGCAGCUUACCCAUACCGGUUCUUGGAAGCCAGAUGUUGAAACAGUUGGCAAGAAUGUGGGAGUCAUUGGUACAGGCUCGACCGGCGUUCAGGUGAUCACCGAUCUGGGCAGCAAGGCGAAGCGUCUUGUCUGCUUUCAACGCAAUGCUCAGUACUCUGUACCCAGCGGGGACGGACCAGUACAUCCUGGGUAUCGAGAGCAAAUCAAUGCCAACUAUGACACCAUUAUAGAGGACAACAAAAAGAGUAUCUGUGGGUUCGGGCUGAAGGAGUCAACGAGGUCGUUCAAUAGCUUCACUCCCGAAGAACGGGAGCAAAUCUUCGAGGAUCUCUGGAAGCAGGGCAAUGGUUUCCGAUUUAUGUUUGGAGGGUUUAACGAUCUUACCUUCAAUCGGGAGGCAAAUGAAGCCGCCUGCGACUUUAUCAAACGCAAGAUCCAGCAGAUUGUCAAGGACCCGGUCAAAGCGCGGAAACUACUGCCGACAGAACUUUAUGCCCGCAGACCGCUUUGUGAUGGUGGUUACUAUAAACAAUUCAACAGGGACAACGUUGAUGUUGUCGACCUGAGAGAGUCUCCGAUCGUCAGGAUAACAGCGAAUGGAAUUUUGACGGCCGAUGGCGUCGAGCACGAACUGGAUGUCAUCAUCUUCGCGACAGGGUUUGACGCGAUCGAGGGAAACUACAUGAGAAUCGAGAUCACUGGCAGCGAUGGAACAACGUUACAGGAGCACUGGAAACCCGCAGGUCCUCGGUCUUACAUGGGAACAACUGUGGCCGGAUUCCCCAACUUUUUUGUCGUCACUGGACCUCAAGGUGCAUUCUGCAACAUUCCUUCACUCAUUGAGAGUCAGGUUGAAUACAUCACCGAGUUGAUUGCCGAGACAGAAAAGCGUCGACAAGAACACAAGACGGGUGUCAGUGUUGAAGCUGACCAAUCUAGCGAGGAUGCAUGGGUUGCUCUUUGCGAGAAUCUCUCGACGGGUUCGCUAUUCAAGGAAGGUCAGUCAUGGAUUUUCGGAGCAAAUGUUCCCGGAAAAACCGUCGCCACAAGAUUCUACUUUGGCGGUCUAGGCAUGUAUCGACAGGAGCUACAGAAAGUGAUUGACGAGGGCUUUCGAGGCUAUGUUUUCAGGUAUUGA